AUGAACCUGGUGACCCUCAAUGUUCGUGGGUUAGGAGAGAAGCACAAGGCAGAAUGGGCAUGUAGGCUCCGAAGAUCUCAUAAUCUAGUUCUUAUGGCGAUUCAAGAAACCCAACUUAGUGACCUCCAUAACUCACUUGACGUCUCAAGUUGCUGGGGCAAUUUUAAUCAUGGUUUCGAGUAUGUCAACGCUACUGGCAGAUCAGGGGGACUACUCACAAUAUGGGACUCAAACUUCUUUAACAUUGAAGCAACGGUUAAAUCCAUGUACUUCUUAAUGAUAAUUGGUACUUGUACAUCUAUUGAUGGUCAAGUAGUGAUUGUUAAUGUUUAUGGCCCUAAAUCCUCCCCUGAUAAACUGCAACUAUGGUGGGAUCUAUUGAACCUGAAACAACAAAGAAUGGCUACCUGGAUAAUUCUUGGCGAUUUCAACGAAGUUCGAAGUCCUGAUGAAAGAAUAAACUCUACCUUCUGUAAGUCAAGCACAGAAUGUUUCAAUCAUUUCAUUCAGAGGGCAGAAUUACAUGAUUUAAAGAUGUGGGGAUUUAGGUUUACUUACUUUCAACAAUAUGGGGCAAAGUUGAGUAAGUUAGACCGAAUCUUAGUUUGUGAAAAAUUCAUGAUUCAUUUUCCUUUGGCCUCUUCCACUGCUCUCCCGAAAGAAAUCUCAGAUCAUUCACCGGUGAUACUUAAAACGGAGGUGGUAGAUUUUGGACCACCUCCUUUUAUGUUGUUUAAUUCUUGGAUGAUGCGCGAUGGAUUUGAGCAGAUUGUGAUUAAGGCUUAG